AUGACUAUCUAUCUAUCUAUUUAUCUAUCUAUCUAUUAUUCUUAUUUUGUUUAUUUUAAUUUCUCUCUCUGUCUCCCCUCUCUCCCCCUCUCUCUCUCCCCGCUCUCCCCCUCUCUCUCCCCAUCUCUCUCUCCCCGCUCUCCCCUCUCUCCCUCUCUUCCCCCCUCUCUCUCCCCCUCUCUCCUCUCUCUCCUCUCUCUCUCCCCCCCUCUUCUCUCUCACCCCCCUCUCUCUCGUUACAUGAUUCUUAUAAAAGUUAUUCUUAUUCUCAUAUUCUAUUUUAUUCUCUUCAUCGUGAUUCUUAUAAAAGUUAUUCUUAUACUCAUAUUCUUUUUUAUUCUCUUCAUAGUGAUUCUUAUAAAAGUUAUUCUUAUUCUCAUAUUCUUUUUUAUUCUCUUCAUAGUGAUUCUUAUAAAAGUUAUUCUUAUUCUCAUAUUCAUUUUUAUUCUCUUCAUAGUGAUUCUUAUAAAAGUUAUUCUUAUUCUCAUAUUCUUUUUUAUUCUCUUCAUAGUGAUUCUUAUAAAAGUUAUUCUUAUUCUCAUAUUCUAUGUUAUUCUCUUCAUAGUCAUUCUUAUAAGUUAUUCUUAUUCUCAUAUUCUAUUUUAUUCUCUUUAUAGUGAUUCUUAUAAAAGUUAUUCUUAUUCUCAUAUUCUAUUUUAUUCUCUUCAUAGUGAUUCUUAUAAAAGUUAUUCUUAUACUCAUAUUCUCUUUUAUUCUCUUCAUAGUGAUUCUUAUAAAAGUUACUCUUAUUCUCAUAUUCUUUUUUAUUCUCUUUAUAGUGAUUCUUAUAAAAGUUAUUCUUAUUCUCAUAUUCUAUUUUAUUCUCUUCAUAGUGAUUCUUAUAAAAGUUAUUCUUAUACUCAUAUUCUUUUUUAUUCUCUUCAUAGUGAUUCUUAUAAAAGUUAUUCUUAUUCUCAUAUACAUUUUUAUUCUCUUCAUAGUGAUUCUUAUAAAAGUUACUCUUAUUCUCAUAUUCUAUUUUAUUCUCUUCAUAGUGAUUCUUAUAAAAGUUAUUCUUAUUCUCAUAUACUUUUUUAUUCUCUUCAUAGUGAUUCUUAUAAAAGUUAUUCUUAUUCUCAUAUUCUAUUUUAUUCUCUUCAUAUGAUUCUCAUAAAAGUUAUUCUUAUUCUCAUAUUCUUUUUUAUUCUCUUCAUAGUGAUUCUUAUAAAAGUUAUUCUCAUUCUUCUUUUUAUUCUCUUCAUAGUGAUUCUUAUAAAGUUAUUCUUAUUCUCAUAUUCUUUUUAUUCUCUUCAUAGUGAUUCUUAUAAAAGUUAUUCUUAUUCUCAUAUUCUUUUUAUUCUCUUCAUAGUGAUUCUUAUAAAAGUUAUUCUUAUUCUCAUAUUCUUUUUAUUCUCUUCAUAUAUUCUUUUUUAUUCUCUUUUUUAUUCUCUUCAUAGUGAUUCUUAUAAAAUUUAUUCUUAUUCUCAUAUUCUAUUUUAUUCUCUUCAUAGUGAUUCUUAUAAAAGUUAUUCUUAUUCUCAUAUUCUUUUUUAUUCUCUUCAUAGUGAUUCUUAUAAAAGUUAUUCUUAUUCUCAUAUUCUAUUUUAUUCUCUUCAUAGUGAUUCUUAUAAAAUUUAUUCUUAUUCUCAUAUACUAUUUUAUUCUCUUCAUAGUGAUUCAUAUAAAAGUUAUUCUUAUUCUCAUAUUUUUUUUAUUCUCUUCAUAGUUAUUCUUAUAAAAAGUUAUUCUUAUUCUCAUAUUCUUUUUUAUUCUCUUCAUAGUGAUUCUUAUAAAAGUUAUUCUUAUUCUCAUAUUCUUUUUAUUCUUCUCUUCAUAGUGAUUCUUAUAAAAAUUAUUCUUAUUCUCAUAUUCUUUUUAUUCUCUUCAUAUUCUUAUUUUCUUAUUCUCUUUCUAUUUUAUUCUCUUCAUAAAAUUUAUUAUAAAAGUUAUUCUUAUUCACCUAUUCUAUUUUUUCUAUUCUCUUCAUAUGAUUCUUAUAAAAGUUAUUCUUAUUCUCAUAUUCUUUUUAUUCUCUUCAUAGUGAUUCUUAUAAAAUUUAUUCUUAUUCUCAUAUUCUUUUUCUCUUCAUAUGAUUCUUAUAAAAGUUAUUCUUAUUCUCAUAUUCUUUUUAUUCUCUUCAUAGUGAUUCUUAUAAAAGUUAUUCUUAUUCUCAUAUUCUAUUUUAUUCUCUUCAUAGUGAUUCUUAUUAAAGUUAUUCUUAUUCUCAUAUUCUAUUUUAUUCUCUUCAUAGUGAUUCUUAUAAAAGUUAUUCUUAUUCUCAUAUUCCUUUUUAUUCUCUUCAUAGUGAUUCUUAUAAAAGUUAUUCUUAUUCUCAUAUUCUAUUUUAUUCUCUUCAUAGUGAUUCUUAUUAAAGUUAUUCUUAUUCUCAUAUUCUAUUUUAUUCUCUUCAUAGUGAUUCUUAUAAAAGUUAUUCUUAUUCUCAUAUUCUUUUUUUUCUCUUCAUUUUCUCAUAGUGAUUCUUAUAAAAGUUAUUCUUAUUCUUUUCUUUUUAUUCUCUUCAUAGUGAUUCUUAUAAAAGUUAUUCUUAUUCUCAUAUUCUUUUUAUUCUCUUCAUAUGAUUCUUAUAAAAGUUAUUCUUAUUCUCAUAUUCUUUUUUAUUCUCUUCAUAGUGAUUCUUAUAAAAGUUAUUCUUAUUCUCAUAUUCUUUUUUAUUCUCUUCAUAGUGAUUCUUAUAAAAGUUAUUCUUAUUCUCAUAUUCUUUUUUAUUCUCUUCAUAGUGAUUCUUAUAAAAUUUAUUCUUAUUCUCAUAUUCUUUUUUAUUCUCUUCAUAGUGAUUCUUAUAAAAAGUUAUUCUUAUUCUCAUAUUCUUUUUAUUCUCUUCAUAGUGAUUCUUAUAAAAGUUAUUCUUAUUCUCAUAUUCUUUUUAUUCUCUUCAUAGUGAUUCUUAUAAAGUUAUUCUUAUUCUCAUAUUCUUUUUUUAUUCUUCAUAGUGAUUCUUAUUUUUAA